CAUCAUUAUGGGUUGUAUGCGCAAUGACGCACAAUAGUUUUCCAUGAAAGUUGUAUUUCUUUACUCUACAAGAAAGCAUUGCAAGGAUAGUGGGGGCUUCUGGUGUUCCAUCUACAGUACAGAAUCAAGACUUCAGGCAGUUAUCUCCGAGUCAACUGGAUGCAUUCAUCGCUCAGUACCUUCAGCCAGAUGAACAAUUCCACAGGCAGGUAUCUUCUGCUUUGGACGUUCUGUGUCGCUAUCUUCAGGAUAAAAUGAGACCACAUGUCGGAAGGAUUGUCAAGAGUGGAUCAAUGGGCAAAGGGACUGCGUUAAAGAAUUCCUCAGAUCUCGACUGUAUUCUUAUACUGAACACUAUCAAGGAUGCUGAGCAACUGAAAGCUAAUAUUAGAGACUAUUUGGCUCAAAUCCAAAGCUGUUUGUCAGAGCAACCAUUGAGAGGGCAGGGCUGGAGGUUUGACAUAAAAAGACGUACCGAGUAUCUGCUGCAGUUUGAAAUGAUCAACUUUCACGUGAGAAAGGUUACGACCGUAGACCUCUUGCCUACUUUUGAUGCCAAUGUCACCAAUGGGCAAGCACGUCUAAAUCUGUAUCACAAAAUGGCAUCGUAUGACGAAAACACAAGGUCGUACUGCUCUGCAGCUGUUGCGGAGUUACGAAGAGAUUUCAUUAUAGAAAAGCCAACAAARCUCAAAGGUCUGAUUCGUCUUGUAAAGCAUUGGGCUAAAACGUAUCUCCCAAGUUCAACAGCCAGUCAACGCAUGCCCAGUUCUUACCUGAUCGAGCUGGUGACUAUUCACUGUUGGGAGAAAGUUGGUAGCCCAAGUAGUUUCAACACUGCAUCUUUAUUCAAGAAUAUAAUGAUGGCUUUCUUGAACCAUAUCCAACUCAAUAUCUCAUGGGAUCGAUACUACACCUUGACUCAGAAUCCAAGCCCUCCAACGAUACUAGACCCAGCGAAUCCCUACAACAAACUAUACAACGACGUGAAUAACUGGGCUUCAGUUGCACAAGUUGCCAGAAAAACCCUCCAAAUGCCAGCGAUGCAGGUGUAAUAUAAUCAGUGCCUUGUCAUGGUUGUAGGUUCUUCAACACCUACCUUACUUGUGUUAGUUUGUUUGUAUAACCAUUGUAUUCUUAGCAUUUAGGCUGGGGCAGGGGCCUAAGAAUGUUCUCUCGGGAUGGCUCUUGGCAUUAAGACACCAAUUGGUUUUGAAAGAAUCACCCGAGCUCAUUAGAAAUUAUCUAUUGCAGUUAUCGCCAUAUAAAUUAUAGGUACCAAUAAAGCAGGUCAUUAUCGCUUGAUUGUCGAGUUUAGCUCUGCUAAACAUUACAGAAUAAAUACUAAUAAAUGUCUCUUGCACGAGCUGUCAUAAGCACGUAUACAUAUCCUAGGCUUAGUAAUAAGGACUCAACAACACGCAAAGGAAAAUACUGACUGUAUUAUCCUGGGGUCUCAAAGGGUUCCUGAGUUCCUCUCGAUCAGCACUGGAGCACGCAAAAGAGCUUCUGGAACCCAGGGUAGGACAUUGAAAUAUAAGGAACUGAAGAAUGAGAAACAAAAUAUCAAAAGCUAGAGACCUUCCCCUUGCAUCYCUUAUUUAGUUUCCCCUAUAUUUCAAAGGUGCUCCUAGUAAGUUAAAAUUCAGUAACGCGUAUCAGUUAAUGACUGAUAAAGAUCCCAUUGUACGAGAGGUGGAUAGCGCUAUUAAACAGAUAAUUCCUUAUUCAGUGGAUUAGCCGAUGCUGUUAUCAAAUACAUUUAUCUACUGAAUAAGAUUUAUCUGUCGCAUAGCGCUAUUCACCCCUUGUACAACCGGACCAAGAUGCAUGUGUUAUACAGUAAAAGCUGCGUUAAAUACAAUACAAUUUUGAUUUCUUUGUUAUA